AUGUCACCAUCAGAGACUGCCCGAGCCCCCCAGGCCGCCGACGAGCUGUCGCACCCGGCACCGGCCGUGAUGCGCACGCAGCCUGCACCCACGGCACCGAUGAGGCCCGAGCAGCCUCCCCCGGAGACAGAGUCGGAGCUGCGCCUGCGCGGCGGUGAGCGCAGCUCGGCUUGCCCUGGCCGGUUCUGCUUUUGCGUACCGUGCCCUAUCCCGUGCGACUUUUGCAUCUUCUAA